CAAAUACGAAUGUGCAAAGUGUUUGCCAUAGAUGCAACAGUUAACUGGACUAUCGCAUGAUUUCAUUUCACCGUCUCUGUCGGCACGCACCAAAUUUGCAACAUCAUCUCUAGUUCGCCACCAUUUGCAUUUUAACCUUUUAAGUGUUUGGAUGUGUUAAACGUUUUUUCUCUUAAUAUUUUUCAUUUUUAUCUCAGUUUUAGUAUUCGUUUGUUUGCAUUCAUAUUUUUUUUUUUGUAAGAAUUUUGUCAAAAUGCCACCAAAAAAGGGAGCAAAAAAGUUGAAAAAAACUGAAAAAACUGAAAAACCUGAAAAAAAAUCGAAUUUCGUUGAAGGAGACCAGCAAGAUGAAAACCGACAAGAGCAAAGUGAUCAUGAUUCAGAGGCUGACGACAACCACGCGGCAAAUGAUUCAAAUGAAUCUGACGCGGAAAGUCGAAAAAAUGGGUCAGAAAAAGGCAGGAAUAUGCCGAAUUUAUCCAGUGAAUCAAGUGAAGAAGAUGAACCGGAGCAGGAAAAGGAGACAACAAUGUCUGGUGCUGAAACUGAACCUGAUACUGCCCUUUUGAAAAAAGGCAAUGAGGCAAAAGUUGAGAGCAUUUUUGAUCCGCCAGAGCCGCGUAAGAACACAAGAAACAAGGCCAACCAAGAUAAUAAAUCGCCAGCUAAAGCUGCACCACCUAAGAAGGGGGCGGCGGCUAAGGCAGCGGCCAAGGAGGUGCUUAAACCGAAAAAAGCUACCAAUGGCUCAUUUGAUGAAGAAGAUGAGGAAGAAGAGUCUCCACAGACCAAGAAGGGAGCCAAUAAAGAUGAUAAAUCGCCAGCUAAAGCUGCUCCACCUAAGAAGGGAGCCGUAGCUAAGGUAGCGUCCAGACAGGCGAUUAAAUCGAAAAGAGGCGCUAAGACCCCAUCUGAUGAAGAAGACGAGGAAGAAGAGCCUCCACAGACCAAGAAGGGAGCCAAUCAAGAUGAUAAACCGCCAGCUAAAGCUGCACCACCUAAGAAAGGGACGGCGGCUAAGGCAGCGGCCAAGCAGGUGCUUAAACCGAAAAAAGCUACUAAUGGCUCAUCUGAUGAAGAAGACGAGGAAGAAGAGCCUCCACAGACCAAGAAGGGAGCCAAUCAAGAUGAUGAACAACUAGCUAAAGCUGUUCCACCUAAGAAGGGAACCAUAGCUAAGGCAGCGUCCAAACGGCCGAUUAAAUCGAAAAGAGGCGCUAGAGCAGCUGAUGAUGAUGAAAAAGAAGAGGAUGAAGAGUCGCCACAGAAAAAGAUGCGAACAGAAGGGGAAAUGGCCGAUAAAGAGAAUGAUCCACCGAAACCAAGAACGAAAAAUGCCAAAACGGCCACAUCAAAACCAGAUAAGCCAAGUAAAAAAGCAGCAGCCAAAUCCAAGGAAAACGGUGACGCUGAAAUGGAUCAUGAUGACGAGGGUUCGUCGGCAGCACAUGAAGUAUCUCUGCAUAUCAAACUGUCAUCGCGUGCAACAAUCAGUCAGAAGAUCCGCGAAGCUGUGAAAUUGUUAGCUAAAAAACAUGGAAGAUGUUCUCUGAAAGAGGUGAUUGCCUUUUUGGAGAAUGAAAAUCAAAUGGACGUGAAAAGGCACGAUGAUAAGAUUCGAACACUGUUGAAGCAGAUGUUCAGCGACAAGGAAAUCGUUCCGUUUAACAAAAAACUUAAAGGUAAACCAUCGGUAACAACUGUAUUCAAACUUGCAACGUCGACGAAGCAAAAGCCAGUUUCUGCGGAGAAACGCAAAAGUUUUUUGAUGGCUGAAAAGAAGAAAAAACAAACCGCGAAAAAAUCGGCCAGUGGUAAAGCCUCCACAGAGAAGAAGGCUAAAAAAACCACCGACGAAAGCGACUUGGAACAAUUUGAUGAUGACGAAGAUGUUCCACCGGCGUUUCGUUGAUCGAAGUAUGGUCACUUUAAAUGGCCAUUUCGUUCAUUGAUUUGAAUUUUAUUGUGAUCACAUAAAUGUUAUCAAAUUCGAAAAUGUGCCAGAAACCUCUAUCUAUUCUAUCGAACUGUAAUUUAAUAAGUCAAUGUAUCAUUAGUUAAAUUUUCUUAAAGAUAAGCAAAUCAGUAUUUUUCACCGAUUGGGAUGUAUAAUUUAUGUGAAUGGCAAAGCUAGAGCGCAAAGCGAAUGUAAUGAAAAUCAGAAUUUAAAAGAAAUUAAAUAAAAAUUUGUCGUA